AUGUCGAGGCGGGUGACAAACGGACCUGAACCUGGACCUCUGAUCGAGCGCUUUUCGUGUCUGUUCCAGAACCUGUAUUGCCCGAAGACAAACCCCAGUGGAAUCGUGUCAUUGGGGAUCGCCGAGAAUCUUUUAUGCGCCGAAGAAAUCUUGUCAUUCUCCCGAAAAGCCAUAACCGAGAACCUGAUUCAGAAGGACCUCACGUACGGAGACAAUCUAUGGGGAUCUAGGAGGUUGAAUGAAGCUCUGGCUGGAUUCCUAAAUCGGUACUUUAAUCCGGCGGUCAAUGUCGAUCCUGAACACAUUAUCACGGGCGUCGGCGUCUCAGCAAUAUUAGACCACCUCUUUCACACCCUUCUCGAUGCCGGCGACGGCGUGCUCAUUCUCAAUCCGUAUUACGCGGGGUUCGACCGGGACUUGGUAGGCGGGAGAUCGGGGGUAAAGUUGGUCGGAGUUGAUUGGGCGGGGUAUAAGGACCAGAUCGAGUGCCAAAAUGAGGAUGAGGUUCAGGAUGAAUGGGCCGGCGACGGAGGUCUAGAAGAGGCUUUCGAAAAGGCUUUACAGAACGCUCGAGCGGAUGGGGUGGAUGUCCGGGCGAUCCUGAUUUGCAACCCCCACAAUCCCUUGGGAAUCACCGUCUCACGGUCGACGUUGAUCGGGUACUGCAAGUUUGCGCAGAAACACGAUCUGCACUUGGUCAGCGAUGAGAUCUAUGCGAUGAGUGUCUAUGAGAACAAAAGUUUCCCUGGAGCGAGACCCUUCUGUUCAGCGUUGAGCAUCGACCUCGAACGGGACAUAGAAGGACAUUUCGACAAGGGUCGUUUGCACUGCGUUUACGGGAUGAGCAAGGACUUUUCGGCUAAUGGGUUCCGCAUUGGCGCCCUUAUCACGCAACAUAACCCGCGCCUGCUUCGAACCCUCGCACAGCUAUCCAUACAAAUCAAGAUCUCCUCACCGGCAGACGUCAUCUUCUCAACCCUCCUGACAUCCGACUACCUGCCAACCUUUUUGAGACUGAACCAGUCUAGACUGAGUGUGGCGCAAGAGAGGGUGAGGACGUGGUUCGAACGCCGACAAGUGGUAGUGAGGGACUGUAACGCCGGGCACUUCGUUUGGGUGAAUCUGGGCCCACGGAUUGGAAUCAAGACGAGGGAUGAGGAAACGCGGGUGUUCCAAAAACUGCUCGAUGGGGGUCUUUACGUAGCCCCGGGCUCGGCGUACCACCAUAAGACUCCCGGGUGGUUUAGGGUGACAUUCUCUGUACCACCUGAGAAUUUGGAGGCCGGUCUUGAGAGGCUGGAAGACCUGCUGAAUUUACGUUGCGCGGACGAGUUGUGA